GUUUCCAACAGUUACAUAAUUAUUUCUUCUUCCACUAGUACACACACUUACUUUGGUCUUUGGCUCUUUGCUCCGUCGUUACCCAGCACUGCCCAUUCAUCGCCACCUCCUCCUCCCUCCCUCUCUCUCUCUCUGUCUCUCUCUCUCUCUCUCUCUAAACCCUAGUUUCUUUUCCUCUUUUCCUUUUCUUUUUGUUUCUCUGCUAAUAAUCUCCCCCAAAAGCUGGUAAAGCGCCAUGAAAGUACCAGAAAACGAUCCUAUCAAUGCCAACGACCAGCUUCUACAAUCUCUUCUGGACGAAAUCCCUCAUGUUCAGACCUUUAAAGGUAAAUGGGCUCUUAUUAGAGCUAAGCUUGCCGAUCUCCAAACGCAACUCACCGAUUUCGCUGACUUUCCGGCUUCCACCUCCAAUCCUUUAUGCCUUGACCUCCUUCAUUCCAUUUCCAAUUCUUUAAAUGACGCCGUAUUAUUGGCUAGAAAAUGUCGUACGCCUAAUUUCACCGAAGGUAAGCUCCGCACUCAGAGCGAUGUCGAUUCGAUUUUAGCUAAGUUGGAUCGGCAUGUGAAGGACAGUGAGAUUUUGAUCAAAAGUGGGGUUCUUCAAGACGGUGCCACUUCAGUUGGUUCAUCUUCGAAGAGGGAGGCAGUGCGGGUCGAGUCGAGGAAUUUGAUCACUCGAUUGCAGAUUGGUAGCAGUGAGUCAAAAAAUUCGGCCAUGGACUCGCUGCUCGGAUUGCUCCAAGAAGAUGAUAAGAAUGUAAUGAUAGCCGUAGCACAGGGUGUUGUCCCUGUGCUCGUUCGCUUGCUCGAUUCGAGCUCUCUGGAGAUGAAGGAGAAGACCGUAGCGGCAAUUUCUAGGGUUUCAAUGGUGGAUAGUAGUAAGCAUGUGUUAAUUGCUGAGGGUUUAUUGCUUUUGAAUCAUUUGCUUCGGGUUCUGGAAUCAGGAAGUGGGUUCGCGAAGGAAAAAGCUUGCGUUGCCCUUCAAGCUUUGAGCUUUUCGAAGGAAAACGCAAGGGCAAUUGGGUCUAGAGGUGGAAUUUCUUCGCUCUUAGAAAUUUGCCAGGGAGGCACGCCUGGUUCACAGGCUUUUGCGGCCGGAGUUUUGAGAAAUCUUGCGGUGUUUGAAGAAAUUAGAGAGAAUUUUAUAGAGGAGAACGCUGUUUUUGUUCUUAUUGGGCUUGCUGCUUCUGGGACUGCUUUAGCCCAAGAGAACGCAAUUGGGUGUUUAUGUAACUUGGCCAAAGAUGAUGAAAAUUUGAAGCUUUUAAUUGUAAAAGAAGGAGGCGUUGAGUGUUUGAGAAAUUUCUGGGAUUCAGGUCCUCCUGUAAGAAGUCUUGAAGUUGCUGUCGAUUUAUUAAGGAAUUUGGCUUCUAACCAAGCAAUUGCAGAAGUGCUAGUUUCUGAUGGGUUUGUUUCCAGACUCAUGGUAUUUUUGAAUUGUGGGGUUUUGGGUGUGAGAAUUGCAACUGCAGAAGCUAUUUACGAGCUUGGUUUCAACACAAAAACCCGAAAGGAAAUGGGCGAAUGUGAAGUAAUUGUUCCACUGAUUAAUAUGUUAGAUGGUAAAGCUGUAGUUGAGAAAGAAGCAGCAGCAAAGGCGUUGUCACAUCUUUUAUUAUAUGCAGGUAACAGAAAAACGUUUAGAAAAGAUGAAAGAGGGAUAGUCUACACGGUUCAGCUAUUAGAUCCUUCGAUUCAGAAUUUAGAUAAGAAAUACCCUGUUUCGAUACUGGCCUCGCUUGUGCAGUCUAAAAAGUGUAGAAAACAAAUGAUUGGUGCUGGCGCUUGUGUACAUUUGAAGACACUCGCUGAAAUGGAAAUAGAAGGGGCAAAGAAGCUCUUGGAUGGUCUUGGCCGCGGUAAGAUUUGGGGAGUCUUUGCCAGGCCUUAGCAAUCAGAUAAUUCUUGAAUUGGUGUAUCAAAAGAACAUGGAUUUGCAAAGAUGAAUCUCUCAUCUGUAUGUACAAUAUAUUUAUAUAUUUUUUUUAACUUGAUUUUUCUGAUCUUUUUUGUUCACACAGUUAUUGUUAAGUUGCAGUAGGAAUUAAAACGUUGCUAGCUUAGUUGUCAUUGGAGAAACUCUUGUAGAGCCGUAAUCUUUGUUUGUUGACCUAACUAGAUUGGAGUCCAUGUUCCUUAUCCUAAACUCAAUAAUUGGUUGUACUGUAUUUGUAUUGUGUUUAAGAUAAUACUUACUGUUUUUAUGUACCAA